GUCUUUGAUUGGAGGGAAACCCCGUGGAUGAGCGGGAGAGAUCAUCAGCUGUGCGGCCGGGGAGUCAGGAACAGCAUCGUCUAACCACACUCACAGGUCAGUAUGAAUCCAUAAACUCUCUAUAAUCGAUGCGGUUGUCGGUGGAGAACCUUUAAACGGUCGCCCUUUGUGUUGUAGAUGCUUUUUAACGCCGCGUGAUUCCGUGAUAAUCGUAUGAGGAAACCAGUGAUGCGCCGUUGCUCAGUCAUUGUUCAGCAGCUCGUACUGAAUGGGGACGACGACGCUUUACUUGAUCUAUUUCAUUGAUUUGUUUGGCCUAGAAGGCAUCUUAAGGAUUUAUAUGAUCUAUUUUGGUGGUGGAAUGAACCUUAAAUAAAUGCUUAUCGCUCAGAAAACGAACAGAUUGGUUUGUGUUCCGGGAAGCGAAAAAGGGCGUUCACUUUGAACUGAACUAAAGCUCGGCUUCCUUCACUCACACCAGAGCGAAGAUUUCACCGUCGUCCUUAGAAAAGAUUCAAGGUUUCUGCACAUUAAAUAAAUAUAUUAAAGCCACUUUUUCAAGAGGAGGGGGUCGGCUGUUCUUUCACGGGUUCAACCCCUCCCGUACCGUAGGCUUACACAGUAGGAGCCCGGUGGGCAGGUGUGCGUGCGUGCGCGUGCGCGACGUCGUGACGUGAAACUGGGUGGCCGACAUUCCUCAGAAGGGUGCAGGUGUCUGGGUGCUGGCAAUCCUUUACUCACUGAUCGUGGGAUUUUUGAAAUGCUGCUCUCAUAGACUCGGUGAAGACACUUGUACUACUUCUGCGUUUGGAAAAAGACAGCUGGUAAGAGAUCAUUUUCAGCUCAGAGGGUUGUUUUUUUUGUAAAUAUAGAUUCAGUUUUGAGUCUUACCUGGAAUGAAUAAUGGAAAUUGACUUCUUUGAGCAGAGAAGUAACCUGAAUAUGGACAAAAAACGAGAUUAUGAUGGAAACAAGGCAAUUCUGAGUGUAUUUGAUAGAUAACCGUUGUCUUUAUUUGUUUACCUGUCUUUUUGUGUUCUAUUUUGAACCGUAUUACAUAAGUAGGUGUGUGUUUGUGCGAGCAUGUAUACUACCUAAUAAUUGACAGAGAUUAAUUAACAAUGAAUGACCUUUUAAAAACAAAUUACUCAGAGGUUCUGUCUGCUUAUAGGAGAGAGCUUCCUGCUUUUGAGUCAUUUUGGUUUUAGGAAAGUCAAUGGACUUAAAGGAACAGUGUGCACUCCCGGAUAUCGCAAAACUAACUUUUCUGAAUCAGAAUGAAUGAAUAAUGUUAUUGACAAAAAAACAUCCUGAUCCUACCAGUCACAUACAUACGGCGAAUGGCUCUUUCAGUAUAUAAAUACCCAUUUUCACCUAUUAUAGCUACUCUAGAAAUAAACCACUGACUUUUUGUUUUGAAAUGUCUGUAUUCAUCUGUCAGUUUCAUACAUUUGUCUUUUAGUUUGAUAGGAAUCCGUCAGAAAAAUGUAGAGCUGCCUCCCUUUGUUGGAUCUCAAAUGAUCCGAGGUACCAGGUGACUCGAGUCUUAGUCAAGUCUGUGCCAGCCUGAGUACAGAUGAGUCAAGCUGGUUCAAAUCCAGAAAGCACUAAGUUAAAGUGGACACGCCCAACCCACAUUUAGUAUUGAAAAAGUUCUCCAGCAUAGUGUGAGACUGAAACGCUUUAAAGAUCCGAGCCAGAAAAGAACAUAAUUACUGUACUGCCAAACAUCAAGGGUGGUGUUUCUUUUAUAUGGACUUCUUUGUCAAUUUAAUCCAUAGUCAAAAACACUGUACUUCUGUAUGGCUGACUACUUAAAGCACUGCUCACGAACUCAAAUAUGCAUGUGUUUACUGUCUUUUCAGGUAAUUUUGCCUUGGUGAUGAUUACGAAAAGCAUUUCCAAAUGUCAAUUCCACAAUGCACACUGUAAUAGUUUUAAUCUAAAAAUACACAUUAAAAAUGUGCUUUUGUUUUACAUUUACUCGCAUACCCAAGACCAGGUUUCAUUGAGAAAUCUGGUUUAACAGGAAGUUAAGCAGGAAGGACAUGGUGUUACAUGCAGGGCUGUCCUAUACUCAGGUGAAAUGAUUGAGAAGAGGAAAAACAUGACAAAGGACAGGAGCCUUCUUCUCAUCAUGAUGUCGUUCUUCUCUAUCUUAUCUUGAGUCUGCUGUCCCUUAAUACACUCUUGUUUUUUUUCCUUAUCCUACUCCUGUCCUAUAUAACCGGUCCUUACCAGCUCUGCCUUUCUAUCUACAGCCCACACAGGAGCCAUGGCUGAACGGGAACAGCUGGUACAGAAAGCCAAACUGGCCGAGCAGGCGGAGCGCUAUGAUGACAUGGCCGAGGACAUGAAGAAAGUGACAGAAGUUGGUGCUGAGCUCAGCAACGAAGAGCGCAACCUGCUCUCUGUCGCCUAUAAGAAUGUGGUGGGGGCGAGGAGGUCCGCUUGGAGGGUAAUAUCCAGCUUGGAGCAGAAGUCAGAUCCGGCCAAAGUCCAGCAGAUCAAGGAGUACAGGGAGAAGAUUGAGGAUGAGCUGAAAAAAAUCUGCCAAGAAGUCCUGGUAAGAAGCAAAGUAGAGAGGGGGGGUUGGCUAUGUGUAAAGGAUUAGAGCCAAAUCUGAGAUCAUAAUAAAUAAUAAAUUGUAUCCGUUUAAGAUUUAUGUCCAACUGUUUGUAUGUGAUUAUAUCAAAUAUCUGUAGCAAUCAGUGAUUUUGUUUUCAGCCAUAACUAAGGAAAUUAAAAUCUUUGUGCUACAAAAGGCAAGAUAUAUAAAAAAAAAAAUCAGUUAUCCAAGAUUAAUAGUGCAUUUGGAUUUUCAUCUAGUUGAGCUGCAUUUCUGUCGCCACAGGUAUCGAGUGACUUCAGUUCAUUAGCUGGAAACCUGUUUGAAAGAGAGCUAGCUCUUUUUUUCCUUCGGGGAAAGUUUGUCACUUCACCCCAAAGUCAUCAUUACAUCAUGACAAGCGUGCAAUGCUAUGCUAGCUAUUUGCUUCUUAUGAAACACCGUGAAUACAUGUGGUAUGUGUGCAUUGUAUUACUAUAGAUGUUUGUCAUGCUUAGGUUGGACCAUGUUAAAGCAUUGAAGCUUUACACAGCUUUGAUAGAUGAUUCAUCUUUCUGUAGUUAUUAAAUAUUAAAGCUUAUAUUUAUCCUCAGAACAGAAGUAUGCUACACAGUCAUAAAUACCUACAGGAUCUGUAGUCUGUAGUAGUUGUGGAAGCAUGCUAAAGCGUUUUAGUAUAAAAACCAAGUGUACACCUUGAGGAAAGGACAGUUAUCUCUUUUUCUAAACCUCAUGGGCUCAUUUACCUCAGAAAAACGUUCUGUUUCCUGACACGCCUCUCCAACAAAAUUGUCAGUGUUAUCUCGCAAACUGACUUCUUAGUGCCGCUAUUCCUAUUGCAUGUUUGAUGCCACGCAAUUUAACACCGGAGUUGCACAUUUUCACCUGCAGGAUCUGCUUGACAAGCAUCUGAUUCCAGCUGCAAAAGAUCAAACCGAGAGCAAAGUCUUCUACCAGAAGAUGAAGGGAGACUACUACCGCUACCUUGCUGAGGUGGCCUCUGGCACAGAGAGGGAGGGUAAGCGAAAGAGAUGGUUUUCUUUUCUCCCUUUUGAGGGAUGGGGGAUUUUUGAACGCUGUUAAUCCAUUGGUUGUGGAAACGCAAGAGAAUUAAUAACAUUGAUCACUGUACUUAUGCAAGACCUUUUCAAGAAAGAACAUAAAUGGUCUGCUUCUCGUCUCUUGGAGGACAGUCUACUUGUAUAUCAAUCGAUGAUCCUCACAAAGCCUAAUUCAGUUUGGUUCAAGACUACAUGCUCAAAGUCCUCUCUGUCUUUGGCCCAAGACUGUCACCUUUUGGUAUAACUUCAGUGACCCAACCCUAUAAAAUGAUCAGUUUGGAAUAAAAAGGUAUUCUUCUCUUCAGGUCAUAAUGUCAAAAGUGCACAGACCCCAGGGUUUUAUUUUUUUAGGAGGAUUUAUUGCUUUUAUUUCUUUUACAACGCAGUAAAUCGAAUACUGCAACACUUAUUACCCAUAACUUAAACCUUACAUCUUCCUGUGUUUAAACAAAUCUUUGUUUUUUGACACUUGACGAAUUUAAAGGGAAAAAUGAUUCUCAAACUAACUGAUCAUCAAACAGUGAGUUUUCACAGUCCUUCGAGGCAGGAGUAAGGCUAAGCUGAUUUAAAUGAUAAACAGGCCUUUGCGUUUUCUGUUUGUUUUUAUGUAUCCUUAUUUUGUACGUGUGAAUAUUAAGCAGCGCUGUUAGUAGUUUUUAGAAAUAUGUGGUGUCAUGGACCAUCGAGAAAUGGCAAAUAUCUUGGUUUGACUUCCCUUUUCUGUCUUGUCAUGUGUAGGAGUCAUUGAGAAUUCCAAACAAGCCUACGCUGAGGCCUUGACAUCAGCCGAAGGAGAGAUGGCACCUACACACCCCAUCCGCCUCGGCCUCGCUCUGAACUACUCUGUCUUCUUCUACGAGAUCGUCAACUCGCCUACUUGCGCCUGUAAUUUGGCAAAGAAGGUAACCGCCAUUCUCUUCCAGUGUAAUCUCAUUUGUGUUUUUGUUGAAAUGUCCUGAUUCAGAUGGAAGAAGGUUAUAAGGAUUGUGUCAGUCUGGCUGAGUAUAGGUCAAUGCCAUAGACUGUAUAUAAAAUGGACGCCGUCUGCCUCCUUGCUGGGUGAAGCCACUCUGAGAACAGCACCAUCUGGUGGCGGGCUGCAGUAUAGUUCAUAAAUCCCGCCCCCGCCAGCAAAGCUGAUGGAGCUGUGGACAAACUUUAGAAAUUUAUUACACAGAAUAUACAAUUUUUUCCCCCCUGGUUGUGAUGUUGACAUGUAGUUAUUCUAAGACUUUUUUGUGCUCAAGUCCUCUUUUUUUCUGUGAAGCUCCGUUUUUAAAAGUUAUUAGGGGGUUCAUGUUUUCUUUGAUUGACACCUGAUACAGCCUAUGGGCGUUCAGGGAUUGUGUAGCUCAGCCGGGGGAUACACUGUUUGAGCCAAGCGUCAUCACAGCGACUCUCCUGGCGCAUGCGUACAAUGCUACUGUGCAAUGUUGGUUUCAGGAAAUGAAACCAAGAGCUUUUUGGCUUCAAAUUUGGAUACUGUCUGGAGGCGGAGCCAAGUUGUCCAUAGUAUAUACAGUCUAUGGUCAAUGCUGGUUCUAGCAAACAGGGGCUGGACACAAGAUGGUUAGGAUGGGGCUUUUUCAAAGCAGACAUUUCGGCUCACUGUGUUGAAAAGAGAAAAAUAACUGGUCGGCUGUUUUCUUCAUUUGUGGUCAUUAUGCUCAGCUAACCAGCUUUGAUAAAACCCAUAGACUGUAUAUAAAAUGGACGCCGUCUGCCUCCUCGCUGGUUGAAGCCACUCUGGGAACUGCACCCUCUGUUGACAGGAAGCAGUAUAGGUCAUAAAUACCGCCUCCGCCAGCAAAGCUUAUGGAGCUGUGGACAAACUUUGGACAUUUAUUACACAGAAUAUAUAAUUUUUUCCCCCCGGUUGCGAUGUUGACAUGUAGUUACAGUAAGAGUGGUUUGUGCUCAAGUCCUCUUUUAUCUGUACAGCUCCAAGGUUAUUCAGGAGUUCAUGUUUUCUAUGAUUGACACUAUGCUGGUGAAUUUUUUUUGUGUUUUGUUUUUGAAACACUGACAGCCGUCUCUCUGUCUCUUCCAGGCCUUUGAUGACGCCAUUGCCGAGCUCGAUAGCCUCAGCAGUGACUCUUACAAAGACAGCACCUUGAUCAUGCAGCUACUCCGUGACAAUCUGACAGUGAGUGUCUUAUCUCCUACAUUUGAUGCCGCCCCCCUUUUGUUCCGCACUUGUACUGUGGGGAUCUACUUUUUCACUAAUGCCGGUCACAUCUUUGACAGAGUCUCAUGGAAAGUUAUAAUCGUUAUGAAUAAACAUUUUAGAGCCAAAGAGUGAGAUUUUUAGGAUGAAUAGAAGCCAUAACGAUUCAUGAUUGUGUAUCAAAUUAUUCUGCCCCCGAUUCUAAUAAAUGUCUUAUCUGUUUCAUCAUUUUUUACCAUCAUCAAUGGUCUUCUCCCCCAUCAGUUGGACAUAGUACUCGUAAUGCCAAGAACCCCUAAUCCUGGUGUGUCAAUUAAUUUUGUAAUCUAUUUUUUCAGCUCUGGACGAAUGAAUCACAGGGUGAAGGCGACGCUGAGCAGGAGGAAACGGAGCAAGUAGCCGAGAAGAACUGAACUUCGAGGGAGAUAAAUAAACAGAAACACACAUUUUUUACCUCUCACCAGCUUAAUUUGUUGUGUGUUUGUGUGUGUGAGUGGUUGUGUUUGCACCUACAUGCACAUAUAUGUAUGUUUACACUCCACAUUGUGUAAAGUACAGUAUGUGUGUGCAGAUACAGCGAAGCGUGUGUGCGUACUGACUGUGUGAGCACCUCCACAUAAAAAAAAAAAAAAAAGACAAAAAUAAAAACAAAAGGGAUAGAUCUUUUUGUUUUUGGAGCAUAAAUCAUCGUGUGAAUCAAUGGAUGUUUAUUUUUAUUAAGAUAUUUUGUCCAUGGUCUUGUCAAUAUUAAAUCCCACCUGUAGAUCUAAAUCAGUCCUAUGUUCCAUGACCUUGUUCACUGUAGCAAACAACUGCUGUUUCAGGAUAAGACAAACAAUUGACUGUAAUUUUGAUAAUGUGUGUGUUUUUACUUGAACUCUGUAUUCACAGACGGUUGACUCUUAAGUCGACAAAACUGCUUUGAAGCAUGUGAGCUGUUAGACGCGGUCACAGCUUCAUAAAUUCAUCAAAUUCGAGGUCCAAUCAGACGAGUAGCAGCAAUCACACAGACGGCAGAAGUUCUUUUAGAUCUAUCUCGACAUUGCUCGCAUUCAUCACACCCAGUCACUGUCCAGUUCAGCAGGUAGUGUUUUUGUGGACGGUACGUGUCAUGGCUCAUUGGAUUCAAAUGUGCGUUCAGUUUCAAGAAAGGUUUCCCGUGUGAAUGGCUACUUGCAAAAACUAUAGUUUAAACUCUGGUUGAGAGGAUUAUUUUCCAUCAUACUGACAUCUUUUCACUUUUGGUGAAAUGUGUAGACUGUAUAAUUUCUAGCAAUUUUCCAUAACACAUGACAAGGUAUAGACAGCCUAUGAAAAAGUGAACAACUUGACAAAAUGGCUCGAUACUGUAACUUUUUGAUAUUUUUACCUUUUCAGCUGUGCAAAGGAUACUUUUGCCAUAUGCGCUUGUAUGUGGCUUUCUACUCUUUUUCUAUUCAGGUGUUUUGUAUUUUCUUUUUGUGUGUCUUAUUCCCUUUGACUCUUGAUUUGACUCCUGGAAUGGAUGUGGUUCUCAGUAGUAUGGUGUGAGGGUUAGCUGUGCUUUGAAACUUGCAAGUUUUUUUGCGUAGAAUUUAGCUCGAACCAGGUGGUCUGCAGUUACAUUUAUCUUCCCUGAAAGGACCUUGAGAAAAGAAUGACUAAAACAAUGAUAAAUAUAAACCGGUUAUUAAAAGUAAGUUAGUUGAAAGAUAUGUAUUGACCAUUUAGUAGUUACAAAGUGUAGAGCCCUGUUUCUUCUACUGACAGUAUCUUGGUUUUUUUAAAGUUGGGAUGCAGGAUUCAGAAUUUGCAAGUUUCACUGAGUACAUUCUUUGGUUGUGUGCUUUCAUGUAAGUGGAAUAAAAACUUUAAAAAUCAAGUG